AUGUUUCCAGAUCCCACAGGGAAAUACCUGAUGCUGGAGGACAGCAUUGUUACUUUUGUGAAGAACGAGUUGAACAAGCUCAAGAAAGUUCUGAGUCAAGAUUACCCAGAAUGUUCAGAGAGUCAGAUAGAAGAUGAUGAUGAGGUGUUGGAAGAUGAGGGAGAAGAGCAGAUGAGGAUCAGCAGAGAGCACCAGAACAUCCAGUUCAUAUUUCCACUCACAUUCAGAGAGCUGAAUGUGCUGAAGGAGAAAAAGUUCAGCUUGGUGGAACUUGUUCAUCACUUCUUUCCUGAAACCAAAGAAAUCUGCAGCUUUGAACACUUCCAGGUUCUGUUCAUCUUUGAUGGCCUGGAUGAGAGUCGACUUCCUCUGGACUUCCACAACAAGGAGAUCCUGACUGAUGCUACAGAGUCCACCUCAGUGGAUGUUCUGCUGACAAACCUCAUCAGGGGGAAACUGCUUCCCUCUGCUCUGGUCUGGAUAACCACACGACCUGCAGCAGCCAAUCAGAUGCCUCCUCAGUGUGUUGGCAUGGUGACAGAGGUCAGAGGGUUCAAUGACCCACAGAAGGAGGAGUACUUCAGGAAGAGAUUCAGAGAUGAGGAGCAGGCCAGCAGGAUCAUCUCCCAUAUAAAGACAUCACAAAGCCUCCACAUCAUGUGCCACAUCCCAGUCUUCUGCUGGAUCACUGCUACAGUUCUGGAGGAUGUGUUGGAGACCAGAGAGGGAGGAGAGCUGCCCAAAACCCUGACUGAGAUGUACAUCCACUUCCUGGUGGUUCAGAUCAAAGUGAUGAAGAUCAAGUAUGAUGGAGGAGCUGAAACAGAUCCACACUGGAGUCCAGAGAGCAGGAAGAUGAUUGGGUCUCUGGGAAAACUGGCUUUUGAUCAGCUGCAGAAAGGAAACCUGAUCUUCUAUGAAUCAGACCUGACAGAGUGUGGCAUCGAUAUCAGAGCAGCCUCAGUGUACUCAGGAGUGUUCACACAGAUCUUUAAAGAGGAGAGAGGUCUGUACCAGGACAAGGUGUUCUGCUUCAUCCAUCUGAGUGUUCAGGAGUUUCUGGCUGCUCUUCAUGUUCAUCUGACCUUCAUCAACUCUGGAGUCAACCUGAUGGAAGAAACACAAACAUCUUCAUUAUGUAAUAACCUUAGCAUAAAGUCUCUACAUCAGAGAGCUGUUGACCAGGCCUUACAGAGUCCUAAUGGACACCUGGACUUGUUCCUCCGUUUCCUUCUGGGACUUUCACUGCAGUCCAAUCAGAGACUCCUACAAGGUCUGCUGACAGAGACAGGAAGUAGCACAGACACCAAUCAGGAAACAGUUCAGUACAUCAAGAAGAAGAUCAGUAAGAAUGUGUCUGCAGAGAAAAGCAUCAAUCUGUUCCACUGUCUGAAUGAACUGAAUGAUCGUUCUCUAGUGGAGGAAAUCCAACAGUCUCUGAGUUCAGGAAGUCUCUCCACAGAUAAACUGUCUCCUGCUCAGUGGUCAGCUCUGGGUUUCAUCUUAGUGUCAUCAGGAAAAGAUCUGGAUGUGUUUGUCCUGAAGAAAUACUCUGCUUCAGAGGAGGUUCUUCUGAGGCUUCUGCCAGUGGUUAAAGCCUCCAACAAAGCUCUACUGAGUGACUGUAACCUCUCAGAGAGAAGCUGUGAAGCUCUGUCCUCGGUUCUCAGCUCCCAGUCCUCCAGUCUCAGAGAACUGGACCUGAGUAUCAACAACCUGCAGGAUUCAGGAGUGGAGCUUCUCUCUGCUGGACUGAAGAGUCCAAACUGCAACCUGGAAACUCUCAGACUGAGUGGCUGUAACCUCUCAGAGAGAAGCUGUGAAGCUCUGUCCUCAGUUCUCAGCUCCCAGUCCUCCAGUCUCAGAGAACUGGACCUGAGUAACAACAACCUGCAGGAUUCAGGAGUGAAGCUUCUCUCUGCUGGACUGGAGAGUCCAAACUGCAACCUGGAAACUCUCAGCUUAUCAGGCUGUUUGGUCUCAGAGGAAGGCUGUGCUUCUCUGGCCUCAGCUCUGACCUCCAACCCCUCCCAUCUGAAAGAGUUGGACCUGAGCUACAAUCAUCCAGGAGACUCAGGAGUGAAGCUGCUGUCGACUGGACUGAAGGAUCCACACUGGAGACUGGAAGCUCUCAGGGUGGAGCCUGCUGGAUGCCGAUUCUUGACACCAGGCCUGAGGAAGUAUUCCUGUCAACUCACCAUCGACACAAACACAGUGAACAGAGAACUCACACUGUCUGACAAUGACAAGAAUGUCACAUCUGUGGAGGAGCUUCAGUCAUAUCCUGAUCAUCCAGACAGAUUUGAUGUUUGGCCUCAGCUGCUGUGUAGAACUGGUCUGACUGGUCGCUGUUACUGGGAGGUCGAGUGGAAAGGAAGAGUUGAGAUAUCAGUGAGUUACAGAAGAAUAAGGAGGAAAGGAAACAGUAGAGACUGUUGGUUUGGAGGGAAUGAUCAUUCCUGGAGUCUGAGAUGCUCUGAUGAUGGUUACUCUGUCUGUCACAAUGACAGAGAAACUCUUCUCUCCUCCUCCUCUGUCUCUAACAGAGUAGCAGUGUAUGUGGACUGUCCUGCUGGCAUUCUGUCCUUCUACAGAGUUUCCUCUGACUCACUGAUCCUCCUCCACACCUUCAACACCACAUUCACUGAACCUCUGAUUCCUGGAUUUAUGGUCUUGUACUCUGGUUCCUCAGUGUUUCUGUGCUGA